AUGAAUCAGGUGUUAUAUAUAGUACUAUUGAUUAGUCUGGUAAACGCUAAUCCUGUCGAUUAUCUUGGACAUGGUUUCACACUGGUACCACAUGCGGUGAAUGUGGCAUCACCAGUAGUAAAAGAAGAACCAGCGGCUUAUCCGAAAUAUCGUUUCGAGUAUGGAGUGAAGGACAGCCACACAGGUGACAUCAAGGAACAGUCAGAGGAACGCGACGGCCAUGCAGUUAAAGGAGAAUAUUCUCUCGUAGAACCUGAUGGAACUAUUCGGAAAGUUAAAUACGAAGACGAUGGACAUAGCGGAUUCAAUGCCGUUGUUACAAAAGAAGGUCACGCUAAUCAUCCACCAACGCCAUAUUUUCUUCUUCACAUUCUAUAUCAUAUUAUUUGCACAUCAUCUCUACCGCUUACAAAUCACGUACCAAGAGACAGUAUUCUUUUGGAUUAUACCAACUACCACAGCAUUGAACCACAAGGUAAAGGUACCUAUUCAUUUGGGUACGAAAUUGAAGAUCCUGAAAGCCACAAUAUACAAUUUCGCGACGAAGAACGAGAAUCGAACGGGACAAUCGUUGGAAGCUAUGGAUGGGUUAAACCUGAUGGAAAUAUUAUAAUAGUAAGAUACGUCGCAGAUGAAAAUGGUUAUAGGGCGAUAGUGGAAUCGUCAGAAGGUCAAAUCAAAUUCUAUGGACAACCGCAACCUACCGUUGAUCAAUUCACAAAAUCUUCAGCCAUGAAGAAUGCUCUAAAUUCUAGAAUAAAUUAUUUACAUUCAUCUCAUCAUGAACAACAUUGGAGACCUAUCGAUUAUUAUCAUAUGGAUAAGAACCAAAUAAGUGGUUUUGUGAAUGUUUAA